AUGCCUUCGCUCACCGAUCUCGAAAACUUUAUCGAGGAGAACCUGCCACGCAACUUGCAGGAGCUGCCUCACAAGGUCUCGCUCUCCGUGCAAGAGUACUAUCAGAUCCUCUACGAACAGCUCAACAAGUACGGCCCUCCCAUCCCGGACCUGCCCUCGUUCCCCUCGUUCGAGAGCUUCACGGGCAAGGUCACUGAGCUCGUCUCUCCCAUCCCCCCGCCGCCUCCCGUGCUGCCUCCUCCGCCACCGCCCACCAACCUCGAGCUCAUUCACGCCUGGACUCGUCGACACCGUUCCUCACUGAGUUUUGCCAGCGGGCUCAUCAUUGUCGGGCUCGGCACCUCGUAUGCCUACCGAGCCGGUUACAUCGCUCUUCCCUACCUCGGCAAGAAGCACGUCGUAGGACGCGGACGAAAGCGCCAGGUACGCCUCAAGAAUGGUGUGCGCCGCGAGGCCGUCAUCGUGCUCGGUGCCGACACGCCGCUCGGACGCUCGCUUGCCCUGCACUUCUCGAGCCAGGGCUUCGUCGUGCUGGCUUCGGUGUCUUCCUCGGCUGCCCUGGCACAAUUCGAGAACCUCAUCCCACCGAGCUCGCGCGGCUACGUCAAAGCGCUCAUCUUUGACGUCGCCGAGCCUUCAAGCACACUUCAGCCAUUCGUACGCGCGCUCUCGGCCGCGCUCAGCCUCCGCUACCCGCUCACCAGUGCCGGCGAUCCCUAUGCCCGCCCGGGCGAGAACAUCAGCAUCGCUGGCGUAGUCAACGCGCUCAGCUUUGUCGCACCCGAGGACGAUCUCGCCUCAUCGCGCAGCAUGUCAUCUUCCACUUCCACCACGUCGCUUGGCGUGCCCAUCUCCAAGCUCUCGCCCUCCCCAUCGUCCGAGCUGCUGGAGCGCCACGUCGUAUCGAGUCUCUGCGUGCUCGGCGCGCUCGUUCCCAUGCUCAGGGCGCUGCCGAACCGCGCAGAGGAUUCACCAGACAUGGAGCCAGCCACGAUCGUCACUCUGGUAUCAAGCCCGGCUUCGCGCACCGCACUGCCACGCCAAGCGAUGUACUCGGUCAUUGCCCAGAGCGUCGCCGCUGGUGUCCAGUCGCUGCGACGCGAGUGCGAGGAGGACUCUUUCCAUUCCAAGACCGCAAGCAACUCCAAGCUGCCGCCAAAUCUGAGCGCCUCGACUGCAGGAGGAGCCUCCGCCAGACGAGCGUCCAGCUCGCGCUCUCAACUCAAGCACAGAGACGUCCGCGUGACCAUGGUCGAGGUCAACGCAGGCUCCGUCUGGGGUGAACCUGCUGCGACGCCCAGCGCCAACCUUGCCGAGCCAUCGGCAAGCACAAUGAGUGCCAACUCUUCGCUUCACUCGCCGUCGCGCCCGAGCUUCGGCAGGUCUCCGUCGUCUUCGCUCGGUUCGCUCUGGCACCACCGAUCGCCCACGUCGGCGCCAGUGCUCAACAAGGUCUCGGACCUCCUGCUCAGCACAAAGCGAAGACUGCGCCCAAGCUACACAGUGGGAACGCACACCUUCUCUGCUUACUGGUUGACGCUCAGCCAGGUUCUGCUCACGGUCGUACCCACCAGCGUGGUGGACUUUGCGCUUGCUCUGAGGAGACAGCUGUCGCUCCGCCGUGCCGGGCUGGUGGGACGUGCCGAGCAUGCCUUCCUGCCCUGGAACUGGGGCAAGACCUCAGACGCCGGAAAGGGAGUCAGGCGGGCCGGUGAACAGAGGCCGGCUGGCAGUGGCCCUGGGCCUGGCCCGGCCUCGGCUGCGCACUCGCGAGCGUCGCUGCUGAGGUCGAAUGCCGAUCUGAAGCGCCCAGCGGCUGCAGGAUACGAGAUCCGCGACUCGGACGUGCAGAGCCUGCCGGAAAGCGAGCGCUCUUCGGGAGCUGGAUCGGGCAUCCCCAGUAGCGUGCCUUCGUCGGCGUACGGCGACAACGAUGCCGACGCGGAUGCGUAUGCUGGAGAGGAGAGCCCGUACUUUGGCUCUACGCGCCAGAUGCAUGCUUCGCACGCCGAUCUCUCGGCGUCGAAUCCAAGCCUGGCGGAUGCGCCCGUGGGCGGCCGCGCAGGCGGCGUGCCAGCAUCGUUCGCUCGCGAGCCGUGGAUGGGCCCGCCCAGCAGCAGUGGUGCGAGCAGCCGCCUCGCGCACUCGCCCGCGGUGCAGCAGCACUCGGCGCACGUGUCUGAGAGCGAGGACCGCGACGGCGCCACCGACUCGCCGCUCGGCACCAGCUGGGUCGCGCUCGGCGACAGCCAGCACUCGCACCGCUCCUGA